UUAUUCAAAGAAGACCCAAGUAAACGGCAUUGAGAUGCACUUUCUGAUGGUACUCGUCCUAAUUGCUCUUUUGGCCAUGGCCUUUGUGAGUGCGGUCCCAGUUCCGCUUCCAAAUGGAGAAGUUAUCGUUAUUGUCAACCCGAAAAUCCCAAAUGACUGUACAACAGCUACAACUUAGUAGCUCUUACAGAUUCGGGCUUGAAAAGUUUAUAUUUCAUUUCUAAAAUACAAAACCUAUUUAGAAAUUAUCCCCGAUGAAAUUCCUCAAAUACGAUAUAUAAAAUAGGCAACUGAUAAAUUUCAAUAAAAAUAUUGAGCAAAAA